GACAGCGUUCACCAACUAUGUCUACUACCUUUAGACUUUCCCUAAUUCUUUCACAUAUGUUCGAUACUGUAUUAAAGUUCGACUAAAUCUAAAUUUGUAUCGAGAAAGCCUACAUUAAAUGUAAAUACUACUUAACCAUUUGUACACCUCUUUUUAUUUUACAAAAUUUAUCAAAUGGAGUCCCUUUCUCCUAUGAUAAGUCCUCCAGGUUCUUCUUCCCAUGCUGGCUUCCCAAUUGUAGUCAUCGCAAUCAUCGGUAUCGUGGCUACUGGUUUAUUGCUAGUUAGUUACUACAUUUUUGUUAUCAAAUGUUGUUUGAAUUGGCACAGAAUUGAUCUUUUGAGACGAUUUUCUUUCUCUAGAAGGCAGAGUGUAGUAGACCGCUCAACGGUUUACUCCCCUGUACUGGAAAAUCGGGGACUAGAGGAAUCUGUGAUUCAAUCAAUCCCGAUUUUCCAGUACAAGAAAGGGGAAGGAAAAGAUGCAAUCAUUGAGGAGAGAACAAGAAGUUCAUGUGAAUGUGCUGUUUGUUUGAAUGAUUUUCAAGAUAAUGAGAAGCUUAGAAUAAUUCCAAGCUGUGCUCAUAUCUUCCAUAUUGAUUGUAUUGAUGUUUGGCUUCAAAAAAAUGCAAAUUGUCCACUUUGCAGAACCAACAUCUCAUUGACUAAAAUCCCUUGUGAUGUUGUCAUAGAAAUAGCAGAAAACAAUCCAACAUUAUCCGGGGAUAGAACUAAUGGUUCAAGUUUUUCAACAAAUUUGAUCUCAAGCAUGGGGGAUGAGUGCAUUGAUAUAAGAAAAAAAGACGAAGAUUUCGCAGUCCAACACAUUAGGAGAUCAUUCUCUAUGGAUUCAGCUACUGAUAGACAACUUUAUUUGACAGUUCAACAGAUUGUACAGCAGCAAAGACAAGUUUCUGAUGUUAGUUCUUGUGAAGAAAGUAGUGCCAGAGUCAUCAAAAGAUCAUUUUUCUCUUUUGGGCAUGGAAGGGGUUCAAGAAAUGCAGUUCUACCACUUCAUUGGGAGCCAUAGUUACGUUGAAAAGGGCAGCUCGUUACACUAAAUUCCCAUUGUGCGCGAGGUACAAGCUAGUGUUAUACAACAUUUCGUCUUUUUACAUGAUCCUAUAGACCUUGUAAGCGGUUAUUUUCAUAGCUUGAAUCAGGUUACAAGUAUACAGUUGAAUUAAGACUGAUCCCUUUCAUUUAGUUUCAUAUUUAAGUAUUCAGUUGGUAUAGAAUAUUGAGUUAAAUAGAUCUUUUUAGAGAUUAUAGAAGGAUAAUUGUAGGUAUUGAAAAAAGGAAAGUGAUAAAAGUGGAAGCUAAUUAAAGGUUUCUUAGCACUUACCUAGCUAGGGUGUGUUAGUUACUUAAGAAAAAGACAUUCAAAUUUGGCAUUAGCUCACUAAUAAACAAUUUGAACUUUGAAAGUG